AGCUUCCAACCAAACGAGACCCUCUCUCUCUACUUUAAAAUCAAUCAGUGGGCAGGUUUGGAAAAUAGUCCAAACCUAAGGUUCGGUAGAGUCAGGCUUGGAUUCUACGGCCUAUGUAUAUACUGAUAUCUCCCCUCAUUUCCUUCGAACAAGUUAUCGCUCUCUACGUGUAAGCUCGGAACUCGACGCUAGAGAGAGGAGAGAGAAAGAGGAUAUUUUGCAUUUGAAGGUUUCUUUUGAUCAAACCGGCAGCAAAUCGAUCAUGGCUCUUGUAUCCGGAGGAAGGUCGACGCUGAAUCCGAACGCCCCUCUGUUCAUUCCUGCUGCUGUGCAGCAAGUGGAGGACUUCUCGCCGGAGUGGUGGAACCUUGUCACCACCGCCACCUGGUUCAGGGACUACUGGCUGAGCGAGCACCAUGGAGAAGACAUUUUCGGCGAGGAAGACAAUGCAAACGAUGUUGUCGGCUUGUUGCCUGAUACCAUCGAUGUUGGUGUUGAUGAGGAUAUCCUGAAUAUGGAAGCACAGUACGAGGAAUUUCUCCAGUCCGAGACGCAUCAUCACAGGGGUUUCGGCAAGAAUGCAGGGGUGCUAGUGAAGAACAUGAGCUUUCCGAGAGAGAGAGGUCCGAUAUCUCCAAAUUAUUGGGAGAAACCUGCGAAGAUUGUUAGCCCAAGAUGCGGGCCCCGGUUCAUCCAGCAACCCCGUUGAAGGUCUACUAUAGCCUUGUUUAGGGUCGUUAGUUCGAAGUAUGGCUCAACAAAGCAGCAGCAGGUUUCUUUUUAGCGUUGUUUUUUACUUGUAAGUUUUCUGUAUAGAGCAAGGUUUUGAACUCUCUCCUGUACUUUAAUAGCCUUGUUCAUAUUCUGACGUUCCGCGUUUAGUUUAAACCGUGAAGAAAAAUGUAAAAAGGGUGUUGUAGAAAUGAGAAAAAAGAAUUUGAAAACAUGUCCGUUUGUUUUGUG